ACUGGUGACGCAGCUAAGUGCUCGAGCUCUAGAACGCAGGCCCGGCGAGCUUCGGCUUUUGAUCCCGCUCGGCCUCGAACGUUGUGUGCAGGCAGCGGCUCUUUCCCCUCCCCCCGGAAGAUCUUGAGCAGGAAAGGCGGACACGAACGAACGAAGGAGACCUAGCCUGCGAACCCCGCUGAAGGCCGAGCUUGGCAAUUGCUGGCGCGUGAGGAGCAGCUUCGCUUUCUCGUCCCGGUGACCAGAGCUGGAGGAACCUUGGAGACGUUCAGCGGGGAGCUUGGAGGAAGCCUCCGCGAAGACCAGCCUGGGCAGAUGUGCUGAACAGAAUGUAAAGUUACCAUGGCCUUACUAACAAUGACAGAUAUGGAAGGAACAGUAUCAUCUACUAUUCACCAAAAUGGUGGCAUUGUUGGAAAUUCUACCAUUGCCAGACAGACAGAACAGCUGUUUCGAAUUUACCUUUAUAAUUGUCCAGGAAAGACAGAAGGUGACUAUCUACAGUUUCCAGUUGGAGAGUAUGUUGCAGAAGAAAUCUGUGUUGCUGCCUGUAAGGCUUGCGGGAUCUUGCCUGUGUACCACAACAUGUUUGCACUAAUGAAUGAGAUUGACCGAUGUUGGUAUCCUCCAAAUUACACCUUCCAAAUAGAUGGAACAGCUACUGUCACUGUACUCUACCGAAUAAGAUUUUAUUUCCCACAUUGGUAUUGCAGCAGCAAUAUACGAGCGUACCGAUAUGGCGUUUCUCGAGGUGCAGAGAGUCCUGUCCUUGAUGAUAUUGUUAUGUCUUACCUAUUUGCUCAGUGGCGAGAAGAUUUUGUCCAUGGGUGGGUAAAGAUGGCUGUUACUCAUGAAACACAGGAAGAAUGUCUUGGAAUGGCUGUCCUUGAUAUGAUGAGAAUGGCCAAAGAAAAGGACCAAACUCCAUUAGCCAUUUACAAUUCUGUAAGCUACAAAAUGUUUUUGCCAAAAUGUAUCAGAGAAAAAAUCCAAGAUUAUCACAUUUUGACACGAAAAAGAAUAAGAUACAGAUUCCGGAAAUUUAUUCAGCAGUUCAGCCAAUGCAAAGCAACGGCCAGAAAUCUGAAACUGAAGUAUCUCAUUAAUUUGGAAACCCUCCAGUCUGCCUUUUACUCAGAAGUGUUUGAAGUAAAGGAUCCUGGAAGAGAAUCUUCAGAUGCAGAGUCUUUUGCAACCAUUAUAAUAAGUGGGAAUGGUGGUAUACAGUGUUCCAGAGGAAAACAAAAAGUCAGUGAAACGCUUGCGGAAGAGGACAUACAAACCUACUGUGAUUUUCCUGAUGUUAUAGAUGUCAGUAUUAAGCAAGCAAGCCAAGAAGGUUCUGGAGAAAGUAGAAUUGUAACCAUUCACAAGCAGGACAGCAAGAAUCUGGAAGCUGAAUUUCAUUCAUUAAAAGAUGCUCUUUCUUUUGUAUCAUUAAUCGAUGGAUAUUAUAGAUUAACUGCAGAUGCUCAUCAUUACCUUUGUAAAGAAGUGGCACCUCCUUCAGUUCUUGAAAAUAUCCAGAGCAACUGCCAUGGGCCAAUUUCCAUGGACUUUGCAAUCAAUAAACUGAAGAAAGCUGGCAAUCAGACUGGCUUUUAUGUUCUUCGUUGUAGUCCUAAGGAGUUUAAUAAAUACUUUCUUACCUUUGCGGUGCAGCAAAACAGCAUAAUUGAUUAUAAACACUGCUUGAUAACAAAAAAUGAAAAUGGAGAAUAUAAUCUCACUGGAACUAGAAAAAGUUUUACCAGCCUUGUGGAUCUGUUGAAUUGCUAUCGGACAGAAACUGUCCGAUCAGAUAGUAUGAUUUUCCAGUUUAUCAGAUGCUGCCCUCCAAAGCCAAAAGAUAAGUCCAACCUUCUUGUCUUCAGGAGCAAUGGAGAUUCUGAUAUGCCAACAUCACCCACAUUGCAGAGACAUAAUAAUGUCAACCAGAUGGUUUUUCACAAAAUUCGGAAUGAAGACCUUAUCUUUAAUGAAAGCCUUGGGCAGGGCACCUUCACUAAAAUUUUCAAAGGAGUAAGGAAAGAAGUAGGAGACUAUGGUAAACUGUAUCAGACUGAGGUCUUGCUGAAAGUUCUGGAUAUAAUGCACAGAAACUACUCAGAGUCUUUCUUUGAAGCAGCAAGCAUGAUGAGUCAGCUUUCUUACAAACACUUAGUAUUAAAUUAUGGAGUUUGUGUCUAUGGAGAAGAAAAUAUUCUGGUCCAAGAAUAUGUAAAAUUUGGAUCAUUGGAUACUUACUUGAAGAAAAAUAAAACUUCUAUAAAUAUCUUAUGGAAAUUAGAAGUUGCAAAACAACUAGCAAUGGCUAUGCAUUUUCUGGAGGAUAAAAACCUUGUACAUGGGAAUGUGUGUGCAAAAAAUAUCUUGCUUAUCAGAGAGGAAGAUAGGAAGUCUGGGAACCUUCCUUUUAUCAAACUUAGCGAUCCUGGUAUCAGCAUUACAGUUUUGCCGAAAGACAUUCUUCUUGAGAGGAUUCCAUGGGUUCCCCCAGAAUGCAUUGAAAAUCCCAAGCAGUUGAGUCUGGCAGCAGACAAGUGGAGUUUUGGAACAACCCUGUGGGAAAUCUGCAGUGGGGGAGACAAACCUCUCAGUGCACUGGAUUCUCAAAGGAAGCUACAAUUUUAUGAAGAUAGGCAUCAGCUUCCUGCUCCCAAUUGGACAGAACUGGCAAAUCUGAUAAACAACUGUAUGGAAUAUGAACCAGAUUUCAGGCCCUCUUUCAGAGCAGUUAUACGUGAUCUUAACAGUUUAUUUACUCCAGAUUAUGAAUUAUUAACAGAAAACGAUAUGUUGCCAAAUAUGAGAAUUGGUGCUCUUGGAUUUUCUGAAGCUUUUGAAGGACGGGAUCCAACCUACUUUGAAGAGAGACACCUCAAAUUCUUGCAGCAACUUGGCAAGGGUAAUUUUGGUAGUGUGGAAAUGUGUCGAUAUGAUCCACUGCAGGACAAUACAGGGGAGGUGGUGGCUGUGAAGAAGCUGCAGCACAGCACAGAAGAAUACCUGCGAGAUUUUGAAAGAGAAAUUGAAAUUCUCAAAUCUCUGCAACAUGAUAACAUUGUCAAGUACAAAGGAGUGUGCUAUAGUGCUGGGCGGAGAAAUUUGAAGUUGAUAAUGGAAUAUUUACCCUAUGGAAGUUUACGGGAUUAUCUUCAGAAACACAAGGACAGGCUGGAUCAUAAGAAACUCCUACAAUAUGCUUCUCAGAUAUGCAAGGGCAUGGAGUAUCUGGGUUCAAAAAGAUAUGUACAUAGAGAUCUGGCAACACGAAAUAUCUUGGUGGAGAAUGAAAACAGAGUUAAAAUUGGAGACUUUGGCUUGACAAAAGUUUUGCCACAGGAUAAAGAAUAUUACAAAGUAAAGGAACCAGGAGAGAGUCCUAUAUUUUGGUAUGCUCUGGAAUCAUUGACAGACAACAAGUUUUCUGUGGCCUCAGACAUGUGGAGCUUUGGUGUGGUUUUGUAUGAACUCUUCACUUAUAUAGACAAGAAUAAAAGCCCUCCAGCGGAGUUCAUGCGCAUGAUUGGAAAUGAUAAGCAAAACCAGAUGAUUGUAUUCCAUUUGAUAGAGCUUUUGAAGAAUAAUGGAAGGCUGCCAAGACCUGAUGGAUGCCCUGAUGAGGUUUAUGUCAUCAUGGAAGAGUGCUGGAAUAAUAAUACAAGUCUGCGACCAUCUUUUAGGGAUCUUGCUUUGAGAGUGGAUUUUAUAAGGGAAAGCAUGGGUGGAUGAAAAUACUGAGAUUCAUCCAAUGGGACCUGAAAACAUGCAGAGCAAAUGCUCCUUAGGCAAUUGCUGAUUAUUGGCCUUCCCAUGCAUAUCCAUCUUUGAAGACAGAGACUUUAGGGAAAUCAUCCCAUUAGAACUUGCACACAGUGAAGAUCUCUGCUUAGUUUCUUCAUCAGGAAUGCUACCAUGAUGCACCAAUGGAAAGCACUUUGAUAGCAGAAGGAGUUCCUUUUUUAAAAAAGUAAAGCAGUGGCUAGUCAGUAUCGCCUAAUACAGAUUUGCAAAUAAAAAUGCCAAGAAGAAAAGUUAUGGGAAGAUGGAGAGUUGGUCUACAUGAUUUUUCUUUUCUGAGCUGAAGAUAAUUUAGGCUGCAGAAUUAUUACAUGCAGAAUUUACGUGAUUCAGUUUCAGCAGAACUGUUAAAAAUUUUCACAUUCCCACAAGUAUAACUUUGAAGAGGAACAAAUGUUUUGAACUGAAGCUUAGCAAUGCAUAUGGACAUCAAAUUCGCCCUGUAUGUUCAGUCUUGAUCACUUGUACUGAUUCCACGUAAUCUUUCUUUUACUCCCCAUUUGUCUGUUGUGCUUUCCAUAAGUAGAUGAGAUUAAUUUGUUCCUUUGCCUAAUGUGUGUUUCUUAUAUAUGAUUAUGCAGUUCUUUGAGAAUAUGCACUAAACAUAAAAAGACAUUGGAAGUGUAAUGGAGAAGCAAAGAGCUAUCAGUCAAAUUGGGAGGAGAAAAUAACACAACUGGUUCUUGGAGUGGCCUUUAUAUCAUGGAAUAUUCUCAUACUUUCAACACUCAGAAGAAGAUGCAUCCAAAAGAUGCAGAAGAGGUGUAUGCCCUACCAGUAUUCACAAAGGAAGUCUGAGUGGCUGUAAACUACAUUCCAAAAAGUUCCCUGGAAUUCCUGUUUGCCUUAUCUGUAAGAAACAAAAUGGUUUGGCAUCCUUUUUCAUGGCUUACACAAGGGCUUGCAUUUUUUGAAUGGAUUUGGGUAGUUUUCACAAUGCCAAGGCAUUAUGGCUCCAGUGAACAGAACAAAUCAUAUUUUUAGUACUUGAUUGAGCAACUAUCUAUAUGCCUAUCUGAGCCAUUGGCUGGCCAGCAAGAGAAGCAGAUAAUACUUGUUGAGGCAAUAUGAUGUACUGUAUAUAUUUUGAAAAAAAAAGGGAACAAGUAUUUUUUAAAGAAAACCUGUUAAAAUUGCCUUUUUAAAUAAGCAUAUAGCAGUCUAUUUUCCUACCUUUUGGGCUUAUAGAUUUGUAAAGCUCUAGUUGUGUCCUAAAGGUGCAAAGGUUGAAACCAUGUUGUAGCAGCUUCAUCUUUGUUAGUCUUGUCAUUUCCUUAACUUUUAUAGGAUGGCUCAUCCACCUAAAAGCAGAAAUAUGCCUCUGAGGUUACCAGGACAAACAUGGCCCAUCUUCUCUUGGGAUAUUGCGUCAUUUGGCUGUAUGUGACUUCAACCAUGGAAUAGGGCUUGGUUGCCAUUACACUGCCUAGAUUGUGAAAUAAGUGUUAGUCACUGCAGAUCCAUGCUUGUCAGUAUCAGUGGCACAACUUCAUUUUGCGAAAUAGUAAGCUCUUUCUGGCACUCUUGUGUCUUCAAACUAUAUGGUGACUUAAGGGUUGACCAUAGUAAUUCGGAGGAAAGCAAGUGAAUUGGAUAUUCUACCUUGUUCCAUAGUUUGACCGCCAAGCCUUGCUUCUGAGACGUAAGGGUUCUUUUAAGCAAAUUUGAGUUCAGUUAAAUUCCUAAUAUCAAAUGAGUAAGUUUGGUCAAAGAAGCAGUUCUUUGCUAUAGAAGCCAAAUUAAAACUUGAAAUGCAUUUUAAUGUUUGGCAAAAUGUAGGGUAGGUGGCCGUGUUCUAUAAGCCUCUAGUCAGUUUACUUACCUACCUACCUCAAGCAUAGAAGAAGGUGCAGCAAUGUGAAUCUUGUAUAGGAUUAAAUAGGUACCUCAAAAUGCAGAUGUCCCCAGCCUGUGAGUGCCAGUUUAAAAUUGUUUUGUGCCGCUGUGAGCACUGGCAUAUGCAUCAAAGUGGACUGAGUAGGUCUGGCAUCUGUGCGAAGCUCCCCUUCCAAAUGAGCCAGCUUCCUCAGUCUGGCUUGCUAGUAGGGUUAUAGGUCCCAUGUGUUUUGAAGAAUCCAUGUACAAACAGUAGUAAUAUUGGUGGGAGGUGACAGGAAGCUCCUGCAUGAGAGGAGGCAUCCCAGUAUCUAAUUUGCUCAGGUAAAACCUUAAUUUUAUUUUAAAGAGUAGGGAAUUAUACUAAGCAACUAAGGGCAAGGAGGUUGAAAUUGUAAAUAGUUAUAUUUUGUUAAAGUCUGUUAGCCUUCAAUGGCUGAAAAUUUUCAACUAAUUAGCAUUUUAAGAGACAGUUUGUGUAUAUUUUUAAUGGCUUUGGUCAAUACAUUGCACAUUUGUACAUUGAUCUAAAAUGUAUUGUACAUAAAUUACAUUUUGGUUUUGUAGAAUAUUGUGGUAAAUGGCUUGGUGAUGGGAUUCCCAUGUUAACCAAAUUAUAGUAGCAUCAGGUUUAAAGCAACACUAGGCAUCAGGAUAAACAUAUGCAGCAGUCUGAUUAUUAUCAAACUUCAUCCAUCUGAUCAAGGAUUUCAUGUUCCAUAUAAAAAAAAAAAACUCAGGGAAUUUUGUGCAAUGCAAGGAAAAGAUCUUCCAUAAUGUUAUUUUUUUCAAGUGAUUUUUUUUGUUUGAUCUAGUAGAAUUGAAAUAUUCUAGUUUCCUGAUAUAAGGAGUUUCAGAUACUUAACAAAUAUUUGAAGUAUUUUAAGAGUUUUGAAACUUACUCCAUUUUGAAUUUCCAUUGUUGCAGUCAUAUAGACACUUGCACGAAGUAAAUCCUUUUGAGCUUAGUGAGAUUUAUUUCUAAGAGAGCAUGGAUAGGAUUGUGCUGUCAAAAAUCAAGCUUUGUCCAAUUUUUUUUUUCAUUUUAUUAAUUUCACUUUGGCACUGCUUAAAUGGAAAUUCAAGCAGAUUCUGCUUUUUGGCAGAAAUAUUUCCACAUAUUCAUGGAAGUUUCUUAAAACCAUAUUUCUGAAUACAGCCUUUCGGGCUGGAUUGGAGACUGCUUUAAAAACGUUCAGGUGCAACUUUUUAAAAGACACAAGAGGCUUUCAAGAGAGGAGGCUUCUCAAAAAAUUAUAUGUUUACUGAGCUCUUGCACCUGUCUCUGGCUCCUGUCCUUAUUCAUGAAAUCUUGAUUUCAUUUGUGCUUUCAGAUAAAUGUUGGCCGCUCACACAAUUCAAAAACAAUAACAACAACCAGUAUCUUUUGAAAAUUAAUGUAUUUCAAAAAUGUCUGUAACUCUGUGAUAACAGUUUUGUACAUAUCAUUUAAACAUUAUAUUAUACAAUUUGUGUAUCAACAGUGUUCUCAGUUACUUUCCUAUUCCACUGUAGGAAGAGAGCUGUGUUAGUCUAUGAUAGCCAAAAAUCAGGAGGAACCAAGUAGCACCUUUCAGAUUAACAGAUUUUAUUAAAAACCAUUAGCUUUCAUGAACUACAGCUCACUCCACGCUUCUCAUGAAGCGAGCUGUAGCCCACAAAAGCAUAUGUUUUAAUAAAGUCUGUUAAUAUAAAAAGGUACUAUAAGACGACUCCUGAUUUUUCCUUUUCCAGAGUUGCUAUUCACUUUAUCAUAAUGGUUUACCAUGAUACCAACAAUUGCUGUGACUUGCUUUAGAAAAAAAUGCUGCACAGAUAAGACCGCUGCUGUUGAGUAAAGUGUAUCACAACUACUGCUUUUUAGAAUUUUUUUUAAUCUAUACCAUUUUAUAUAAAUAGAUUGUAUUUUGUAAAGCACUUCUGUAUUUUUAUUUGCUAAUUGGUCUGUGGUACAGUAUGCUAGAAUUCAGAAUAAUUUGCUUUAAAUGUAUACUAAGAUAUCAGAGUAUUAAAUAUUUUUAAA